CGCACGUCUGUAGCCCAUGGCCGCAGCUGUCGGGAGCAACUUGCUCGGCGGGCCCGGACCUCCAAGUUGAGGCGGCUUUGGGGCGCAUGGUCUCGGGGCUCCCCGCUUUGGCACCCUUGCCGGCGCACGAGGAGGCACGCUCAGGCGGGGCUUUUGGUGCCCACCAUUCCCGAGGGCAGCGGCGGAAGCCCCCUCGGGCCUGGCCAUGGCACAUCCCCGCUUCCACUGCCGUGUGUUCCUAAACCGCUUCGCCAUGAUGGUGGUGGCGGGGCUGUCGUACACGUCUUGGUCCAGCUUCUACGCCGUGUGCACGCGGACUGCGAACCUGCAGAACCCUGUCGAGGCUGCGGUCUUCACAGCCAUCAUGCUGGCACUUCUGGCCCUGCUGGCGGGCUGGUACGUGAGACACGAGACGACCUUGCAUGCGCAGGCUAAGCUCGCCAUGGAUGAGCCUCUGCUGCAGCUCAAGCGCGAGGAGGCAGCCGCGCUGCUCACUGCGGCGGUGCUGGACAAGAGCUUCGGAAACCUGUCCGAUGCCAUGGGGUACACCAUCGUGGAGGUUUGGGCCGGGCUUGUCUGGCUGCGAUUGCACUGGCUGGCUGCGCUGGCACUCGGUGCAGCCGCAGGUUUCGCUGUCCUCCUCGGCAUCAGCGUCGCACAAGAGCGGCUGCCGCCGAGCGGCAGCGAAAGCACGGGCGGCUUGCUGCAUGCGUGGCUGGACUUACUAAGCACAGUGUGGAUCGGCAGUUUCGCUUGGUUCAUAUCGGUGCCUGCGCACAAGGCUCUCCAGGACGCCUUUCACAUCGAUGACGGACAGGCUGGAGAACCCUGGAUGUGGAUCCUUGCGCUUAUGGGCUCCGCAGCUUGGGUCGUUGUGAGCGGUGUCUGCGUCAGCAUGUAUUGUAACUCAGAGCACGUUGAAGGUUCUGACAGCGAGGUGAAUGCAAAUAAGCCACUGCGGGUCCUGGUUUGCGAGAAGGUUGAGCCAAUGUUCAAUCACGCUGCGUUCUACACCAGCGCCAGGCUCGCGAAGACAUGGGUGAUGACUGAGUGGGCGUCUCAGGAUUCUUAUUUCCCAGUCGUUGCAUGGACAACGUUGACGGUUUUCGUCGUGUGCUUCCUGGAGCAGCUGAUCAAGUCAGUGGCGGCUCCCGACACGGCGUCGUCAGUCGCGCUAAAGCUUAAGCUGGAAACGCAGGUCAUCAGCCUCACCGCCAGGACUUUUACCUGGAUCGAUGCUGCCAUGGUCUGCGCCCUGUACCAGAGCAGGCGGGGGUACGAAGGGUGGGAGUGGAUGGUGGUCGGACUCGUGACGCAAGGGCAAGCCCUGCUCGUGGAGCACCUACGGGUUCAAUGGCUCCACGGACACGGCUUCUGCGCUGGAGCAGGCGACGAGGGGCCAGAGAGCGCGGAGGAGGAGGAGCUCGGGCUCCUCUUGGACUGCAACGGCGGCGCCAGCAGCCGCAGCAGCAGCAGCAGCGGCAGCAGCGGCAGCAGUGGCAGCGGCGGAGGGCGCCCCCGGAUGGUGCGCGCACGAGAGGGAGCCUGACCGCGGCUUUAAUUUGCUUGCUUCUGUGCUUUUGCUGCUGGGCAGCCUGUUGCCUCGUGGACCACGCCGGUCCCGCCCGAGUGGGCCGGGUCCUGCCCGCAGCAGAGUCGCAUGGAAGCGCGCAGCCGCACGCUCCAGGACCUCUGGGAGAGCCUGGUAAGGGGUUGCAUUCGGGCCAGACUUCGGUGGCGAGUCGGGCAAAAAAGUACGCCAGAGAUCCGCCGCCAUCCUUGACCUCUGGGGCUCCCCCG